AUGACUUCAGAAGAACAACAACAACAACAAGAACCUGUUGCUCCAGCUCCAGCUGUUGAAGAAUCUAAUUUAAAAACUGAAGAAAAACAUCAACAAUCAGAACAACAACAAGAAACUUCUCAAAACCAAGAACAACCACAACCAGAACAAUCUCAGGACCAACAACAAGAACAGCAACAACAACCAACAGAACCAGAAGCUGCUCCAGCUUUAGCUGCUGAAGGUGGUCGUGAAGUUUCUCGUAAAAUCCUUUAUGUUGGAGGUUUAGAUAAGAAUAUCACUGAAGAUGAUUUACGUGACAUCUUUUCUGCUCACGGAGCAGUUGAAUCUGUUAAAGUUUUAUUUGAUAAGAACAAACAAAAUUUGAACUAUGCUUUUGUUGAAUUUGAAGAUGAAAAAGCUGCUCAAGUUGCAUUCGAUUCAUUAAAUGGUCAAGUUAUAGGAACUUCAGAAAUUAGAAUCAAUUGGGCUUAUCAAUCCCAACAAGCCAAGAGCAACCCAGAACAUUUCAACAUUUUCGUUGGUGAUUUAUCCACUGAAAUUGAUGAUGAUCAAUUAAAAAAGGCAUUUUCAAAAUUCCCAUCAAUCGUUCAAGCUCAUGUUAUGUGGGAUAUGCAAAGUGGUAGAUCAAGAGGUUAUGGUUUUGUUUCAUUUUCUGAUCAAAAAGAUGCUGAACAAGUUUUAAUUACAAUGAAUGGUGAAUUGAUUGGUAACAGAGCUGUUCGUUUGAAUUGGGCUUCUCAUAAACAAAAUAACAAUAAUCAUUCCCAAUCUGGAUUUAAUGGUCCUCGUGGUAAUGGUUAUAAUGGUCGUCAUCACCAUCAUCAUCACCAUCAUAAUCAUUUGAAUGGGUUAAAUCAUAAUGGGUUACCAACUAAUGGUUUUGCUACAAGUAAUUUGAUUAACGGUGCUGCUCAAUUGGGUGCUAAUCCAGCUGUUAGUGUUGCUGCUGCCACUGGAGCUCCAAUUGGUGCUAACGGAUUACCAUUAAAUGGUGCAGGUGCUAUCAAUGGUACAACAGGUUUGAACAUGUUAUCACCUCAAUCUUAUGACUUAAUUUUAAGAAAAGCUCCAUCAUGGCAAACAACUGUCUAUUUAGGAAAUUUAGCUCCUUACACUACUCAAAAUGAAUUGAUCCCAUUAUUACAAAAUUUCGGUUAUAUCGUUGAUUUGAAAAUCUAUCCAGAAAAGAAUUGCGCAUUUGCUAAAUAUGAUAGUCAUGAAAGAGCUGCUUUAGCUAUUGUUCAAUUGACUGGGUUCAUUGUUAAUGGUCGUCCAUUAAAAUGUGGUUGGGGUAGAGAUCGUUCACAAAAUAACAACAUACAGUACCAAAACUAUGGUCAUGUUAUGUAUCAAGGUCGUUAG